GAUACUGGAUAAUAUAAUAUUGAAAUUCUCGAAAUACUCGUGUACUGUGGAGUAGGUUCUAUUAUUAUUUAUUUAAUUUUUAGUUUUCGGAAUAAUUUUGAAUAAUGUUCAACCAAAUGAAUGUCACAUUAUGUAGUGAAUAUUCAAAAUAUUUAUAUUCAUUAAAAAAAUCUUCACUUUGAUAUUCAUGCGAAAUUUAUCAUAUUAAUUACAAAAUAAUUUAUCAUGAAAAAACUUGCUUUACUAAAAUUACUUCUGUUAUUUAUAACAGCCAAUGUUCAAAGUACAAUUCACAAAAAUCUCGCACAUUUUGAAACUUUACAUGCUUCAGAUUUUUCUCAUACCAUAGUGAAACGUGGUAUUAGUGAUAGUCCACACCCAUUAAACAAAGUAAAAGAAGUAUCAUUUACCACAUUGGGAAGAGAUUUUCGAUUAAUUUUAACACCAAAAAAAGGAUUACUACAUCAUCAAUUUGAAGCCACAAGUAUAGAUGCUGAAGGAAAUGAAACCCCAGUUGCAGUUGAUCAUGAACAUUUUUAUGAUGGUCGAGUAUUUGGAGAGAAAAGUUCACAUGCUAGUGUACAUUUGGAUGAAGGUGUUAUGACAGCUAUUAUUGAUGUUCCUGGGGAAACUUAUCACAUUGAACCAUCUUGGAGACAUAUGGAUGAUAAAGAUAACAAAACAAUGGUAACUUAUAAAGCUUCAGAUGUACGAUUAAGUUGGGAACAUUCGGACCAAAAACAACAUAAACCAUGUGCUUAUGUAAAAGAAGAUGCAGGUUUGUGUUUUAGCUAUGUUAAUUUUAGAUAUGAUUUAACUAAUAUUAUUAUGUUUCCAGAGGUGGAAACUGUAGAUGAAGACGAUGAUAAUUUAAAUUCUAUAACACGCUCUAAACGCGAUGCGGAUUCUUAUGACUAUAUGAUUACACCUACAAGAACCCGUUGUCCAUUGCUUUUAGUUGCUGACUAUAGAUUUUUUAGAGAAAUGGGCGGAGGGGAUACAAAAACAACUAUAAAUUAUUUGAUAAGUCUAAUUGAUCGUGUACACAAAAUAUAUAAUGAUACUUUAUGGCUGGAACGUCAAGAAUCUGAUGGAUUUCGUGGCAUGGGAUUUGUUAUUAAAAAAAUAACAGUACAUAGCGAUCCAACUAAAGUACGAAGUUCAGAGGAUCACUAUAACAUGAUUCGAGAAAAAUGGGAUGUUCGAUCACUACUUGAGGUAUUUAGCCGUGAAUAUAGCCAUAAAGACUUCUGCUUGGCUCAUCUAUUUACCGAUUUAAAAUUUGAAGGAGGUAUUCUAGGACUUGCUUAUGUCGGUUCUCCUAGACGUAAUUCUGUUGGUGGAAUUUGUACACCAGAGUAUUUUAAGAAUGGGUACACAUUAUACCUUAAUUCUGGUCUAAGUUCAAGCCGUAAUCACUAUGGUCAACGAGUAAUUACACGAGAAGCAGAUUUAGUUACUGCUCAUGAAUUUGGUCAUAAUUGGGGAUCUGAACAUGAUCCAGAUAUAACUGAAUGUAGUCCUACUGCUAGCCAGGGAGGAUCUUUUCUUAUGUAUACAUAUAGUGUCAGUGGAUAUGAUAUUAACAACAAAAGAUUCUCUCCAUGUAGUUUACGGUCUAUACGUAAAGUAUUACAAGCCAAAUCAGCACGUUGUUUUUCAGAACCAGAGGAAUCAUUUUGUGGUAAUCUUAGAGUCGAAGGAAAUGAAGAAUGUGAUGCUGGUCUUUUAGGUACUGAAGAUAAUGACUCUUGCUGUGACAAGAACUGUAAACUCAGAAGAGCUCAAGGUGCUAGAUGCAGUGAUAAAAACUCACCUUGUUGUCAAAAUUGUCAGUUUAUGGCAUCUGGAGUGAAAUGCCGUGAAGGACAAUUUGCCACUUGUGAACAAGAAUCUCGCUGUACAGGUACUGGAGCUGAGUGUCCUAAAAGUCCACCUAUGCCUGAUGGUACUGGCUGCCUUGAAAGGGGAAAAUGUCGUUCUGGUAAAUGCAUACCUUUUUGCGAGACACAAGGAUUACAAAGCUGUAUGUGUGAUACUAUUUUACAGUCAUGCAAACGUUGUUGUCGUAUAAAUUUAAAUGAUACAUGUUAUCCAGUUGAUCCACCUGAUGUAUUACCGGACGGAACGCCAUGCAUUCAAGGAUUUUGUAACAAAGGCGCUUGUGAGAAAACUAUUCAAGAUGUUGUAGAACGUUUUUGGGAUAUCAUUGAAGAAAUCAACAUUAACAAGAUGCUAAGGUUCUUAAAGGAUAAUAUUGUAGGCACAGUGAUUUUGAUUACUGGUUUGAUAUGGGUACCAGCAUCUUGUAUAAUUAACUGGUUAGAUCAUAAACGUGCCAAAGAAGUCCGCGAAAGAAGGAAAUGGGAAGAUCAAGAUGAUUUUGUGCAAAUGUCCAAUGAUGCAAGACCAAAAAAAAUAAUUUACAUUAAAGUGCCAACUAGUCAAGUGGAAAGUCUAACGAUGAACAAAUGAGUUACUUAAAUUAACAAUAAAUACACACAUAAUAUGUAUAAAUAUUUAUUGUAUAAGUCAACAAAUUGAAUACUUCAGGAUCUCCACGGUUAAAAGAAUAAGAAAUAGUUCGUUUAAAUUCUA